GGCGAGUAGGAAGCCCUCGCCCCAGCGGAGGCUGCCGGGGAGAGCGAGCGAGAGAGCGAGCGAUGGGCCGCGGAGCUGGGCGCACGCUCCGCGGGGACACAUGCCACGCGUGUCCCAGCCGCCGGCCGCGCAAUUAGCAUCCGCCUCUCCAGCCAGCCGCCACCGCCUCCCGGCCCUCCCGGGCUGCCGUGGAGAGGAGCUCCAGCGCUUGCCUCGCUCCGGCUGCGCGCAUUGUCCUCCGGGUCCUCUGCCAGGGCUGCUGCGGGGCCCGGGACCGACCCUCGCCCCAGGGACGCGCCCCCGCCCCGGGUCGGCUGCGCGCGGGGCUCCGCUGCUAGCCGAUCGGUGAAGCCCGCGCUCCCGGGCCACUCUCGCUGGGUUUCUUUCCUGCGGAACGGAGGAAGGGGAGACGUCCACCUAGCCCAGCCCAACCCAGCCUUCCCCCAAGCGCUCAGCCCCGACGGGGCGGCGGCAGGCGCGACGAGGGCGCCGACGGAGCCAUGAGAGAGUACAAAGUCGUGGUGCUGGGCUCGGGCGGCGUGGGCAAGUCCGCGCUCACCGUGCAGUUCGUGACGGGUUCCUUCAUCGAGAAGUACGACCCGACCAUCGAGGACUUCUACCGGAAGGAGAUCGAGGUGGACUCGUCGCCGUCGGUGCUGGAGAUCCUGGACACGGCGGGCACCGAGCAGUUCGCGUCCAUGCGGGACCUGUACAUCAAGAACGGCCAGGGCUUCAUCCUGGUCUACAGCCUGGUCAACCAGCAGAGCUUCCAGGACAUCAAGCCCAUGCGGGACCAGAUCAUCCGCGUGAAGCGGUACGAGCGCGUCCCCAUGAUCCUGGUGGGCAACAAGGUGGACCUGGAGGGCGAGCGCGAGGUCUCCUACGGCGAGGGCAAGGCCCUGGCCGAGGAGUGGAGCUGCCCCUUCAUGGAGACAUCCGCCAAAAACAAAGCCUCGGUGGAUGAGCUCUUCGCCGAGAUCGUCAGGCAGAUGAACUACGCGGCGCAGCCCAACGGCGACGAGGGCUGCUGCUCGGCCUGCGUGAUCCUGUGAGGCGCCGGCCGCUCCCGGGCGCCGGCCACGCUCCGUGCACAAAGCCAAACACACCCGAUUCUCUUAAAUGUGAUUGUCUUCUUGUUUUUUGAGAUGGGGAGACGACUUGGGAUUGGCCGGGAUGCCAGAGGAACCUGGCUGACUUGCGCGGGCAGCAUCCCCAGCCUUCAGCCGGGGUCCGAAGGGGGUGUCGGUUCCGGACCAUCCAAGACCCUGAUGGAAACGUGUGGCUCUUUAACCGCGUGUACGUUCCUCGUUGAUUUCGGUUCAUGCAUCAUCUUCCCGUUUUAAGUGGCCAUCAAAGCGCAGUAUUGGCUGCUUGACACCGGCAAGCAAAAGUUUCAAGCCUGAAAAAAAAAAUGGGGGUGGGGAGGUGGAGGGAAGAAGGAGGCAGUGGGGGAGGGUUCCCCCAAACAACUGUCCAUCUUCCAAGUUCUAAACGCAAGGAAGGAGGUCUGAGAAAAACCAUAUGAAGGAGCCAGAGAAGGGGAAGAAACUUGUCUUUCCCCCCCUUGUUUUCCAGGAUUAUUUGGAAAUUAAGACCAGGGGUUCCUUUUCUGCCAGCUUGGAAGGGCAACCCAGGGACUGAUUAGGAUUCUGCGGAUGUCUAUGCAAAGUUGGGUUCUUGUUACAGUGUAUCCAAUCUGAAGUAUUGCACAUGUGAACUGGGACUGUUAACACUGAUGCCAAUACAGUGUGGGGUGCCAGGAAGUGUCUGCCGAUAUUUGUGGGGGAAAAAUCUAUUUUGAUUACCUACUGUAUCAAAGGGGAGUCCGGGGGAGAAUGGUAGUAUUUUUUUUUAAUCAGCUGUGAAAAAAAAUGUUAAAAGAUCUGCACAUUUUUUGUGUGUGCUAUUGUGUGCGUGUGUGUAUGCUGUUGUGUGUGUGUGUAAGUAUAGCAUUUUUCUGUGGUUGGCAGCGACAGAUUUUGCUGACUAGCUUUUAAAAAUACAAUACAAAGACUUUGUAAAUGUGAUUCAGGGCCCCCAGCACCCCUGUGUCUGCAGAGUGCCUUCUAACUCAGCUGUUCCAGCCGGUGCCAACCUGUGAAUUCCCACCAUAUCCCAGAAUCUGCUGCCCCUCCCCCCAAAACCACUUUAAAUAUCUCCCUGAAAGAGCCAGGACAAAUGGGGCCCUGUUAGUCCAUGAGUUGCUUCGUUAAGUUUUAGCUUUUCUUUUUAAAAAUGUUAAGCCUGGAAAUUUUCUCCCCUUCAUUUUGUGCAAAUUUCAGGCUUUAGCUCCCUUCUCUGUUGUUAAUCAAAGUGUCUCCGUUACUUGUUACAGGGUGUCCUCCAGAAAGCAAAGAGCAGAGUUUUAUUGUUGCGAUGUACCAAGGGAAUUCUAACAAAUUGUAACGUUUAAUUCCGCUCAUUGAGUCAUUGUCUCUUCAUCUUAAGACUUUUAAUACAAAUGUCAUUUUUUAAAAGAAACCCCAAACUAUUUGUGUUUUUGUGUUUCAUAUUCAUUGAUUUACAGUAACCGUGAUAGGGGUGUCUGGUGAAGCUGGGCCUUCCACAGUUAUCUGUCCAGUUUUGAAGAUAGAAUUAUUUCAAUGACAAAUUGGGUGACAGUGUUUCCAUUUUUUUUUAAUGGAGAAAAUUAUGUAGGCCUAAGAAUCACAGGGUAAGACCAUUACCAUGUGACUCCCCAGAAGAGGAAGUAUGUUGAUUCUGUUCUGCUGAGCAAGUGCUGUGAACUUCAUUCACUGUUGUAACAAAAGGGAGAAGCCCACUAUGAACACCCUCUUGGAUCUGGGAAAGAAGCAUUGAUCUGGGAGAAUGGGGGGGGGGAGGUACCUUCUAGUUGUCCUGGUUUUGUUUUGUCUGUUUACGUCACACCUCAAGUCAGAAGUGUUCUUAAAUUUGUUCUCACACACAGUGUACUCAGCAAGUGUGUGGAGUACGUUACCCGGGCCGUUAUUUCAACCCUUCCAAAGUUUUUAUUUGGAACCACAUCAUUAGAUUGAGAAAAAAAAGUUUAAAGAGGAUUCCCUUGCUCUCAUUCAUUUGUGGAUCAUAUUUGGAUCACAAGAAUUGUUUCUUUAAAAAAAAAAGGAGGCAAUGUGUGUUGUUUCUUUUUAUGUGUAUUUUUCUUGGGUUCUCUAGUACAGUAAUCUUAUAUGUAAGAGACUAUAGAAGUCUGAGGAGUGUUAACUGAGGAAUUUACUCCUUUGACAGCCAAAAGAGAUCACAGGUUUCUUAAAAGUAAUAUCAAUAUAUCUUGCCUUAAUUUUUUUGUUUUUGUCUCCGUUCAGGUUGCAUUUCACUAUUCCUUUGAGGAGGGAGAACAGUUUUGUCUGCCUUGGCCUUUGUCUAUUUCCCAACUCUGAUGUAAUUUCUCCAUUAGUAUCAAACACAAUUAUGUUUCUAAGUGCAAAAAAUUGAAACUGCUCAAAAUAAUGUUUUUACAAGAAUUCAUUCUUACAUUUCAAUAAAUGUGGUUAUUGAAGUAGAUUAGAGUUGAUGCACAUUUCGAAGAUGUGUCAAGCCCUGUUGGAAGGGUUGAUUUUUUUUUGUUUUGUUUUGUUUGUUUUUAAUGUGUCUGGUGACCCUCUUUUGUCAUCAUUUGGAAGGCUUUGGACAAAAGCAUUGCCAAGUACACAGCUCAUAGGAAAUGUACGUACUCCUUACAGAAAAGAUUGGAAGGUGGACAGUGAAAUAGGUUGCUGGUACAUUAAUCACCUCCACGGAGGGCUUCCUAGAGGUCACAGAAGGCAGGACAGGCUUUUUAAAAAACAUGUCUCUACUGAGUACUGUAAAAUAAAUGCUUUUGGAUUGUAAAAUUAAAGCUGCUGCAGGCAAA